GCGGAAAAGUGAAAAUACAUUCGCAAACAGUUGGCUUUGAGUGCCGCGAGUGCUCCAGAGAACCUUGGAUGGAGAGUGCGCGCAGAAAAUUCCUGCACGUCAGGCAAGUGGGCUCUCUUCUCCUUUUCCUGUGUGUGUCUGUGGGAGGUGGGGGUACCAUCCGCUAUUCGGUGGCGGAGGAGAUGGAGAGCGGUUCGUUCGUGGCCAAUGUGGCUAAAGACCUAGGGCUGGAGGUGGGGAAGCUGGCUGCGCGCGGGGCGCGGCUCGUUUCUGAGGGUAACAAACUGCAUUUCCGGCUCCAUCGCAAAACCGGAGACCUGUUUGUGAAAGAGAAACUGGAUCGAGAAUCACUUUGUGGCAAAGCUGACCCGUGCGUCCUGCACUUUGAAAUCGUCCUGGUGGAGCCACUUCAGUCCUUCCGGGCCGAGGUCAGGGUAUUUGAUAUCAAUGACAAUGCCCCGGUUUUCCUAAACAAAGAGCCACUUUUAAGGAUUCCAGAAAGUACUCCCUUGGGCUCACGUUUUCCUCUGCAAAGCGCCCAGGAUCUAGAUGUGGGUCUCAACGGCCUCCAGAACUACACCCUGAGCGCCAAUGCCUAUUUCCACCUGCACACCCGCUUCCGCAGCCACGGACCCAAAUACGCCGAGCUCGUGCUGGAUAAACCACUGGACAGGGAGGAACAGCCUGAAGUCAACCUGACAAUCACCGCUGUGGACGGCGGGUCCCCGCCCAAGUCUGGCACCGCCCACAUCCGCGUGGUGGUUCUGGACGUCAACGACCACGUGCCCCAGUUCUCACGACUGGUGUACCGCGCGCAAGUGCCAGAAAACAGCACCAAUGGUUCUUUGGUGGCCAUGGUGGCUGCAACAGACCUAGACGAGGGCACUAACAAGGAGAUAACCUACUCUUUAGCUCAAAACCCAGAAGCAAUUCUCCAGACAUUUCAAAUGGAUCCUCAAACUGGGGAGAUUCGACUGCGAGGUCCCCUGGACUUUGAAGCAAUUGAAACAUACGACAUUGACAUUCAGGCGACGGACGGAGGGGGCCUCUCUGCCCAUAGCAAAGUUCUGGUGGAAGUGGUGGAUGUGAACGACAACCCUCCUGAAGUGAUGGUCUCUUCCGUGUCCAGCCCUCUCCCCGAGGACUCCCCAUUACAGACAGUAGUGGCCCUUUUCACUAUCCGAGACCGUGAUGUUCGAGUGGGAGGGAAAAUCACCUGUUUUCUCAAAGGAGACAUGCCGUUUGCAGUCAAACAUACAUUCCGGAAUUCUUACUCUCUGGUCACUGAUAAAAGCUUGGACCGGGAGGAGGUUUCUGGGUAUAAUAUCACCCUUGUUGCCAUGGAUACAGGGCCACCCAAUCUAUCUACUGAGACUGUGAUAGAGGUGCUAAUAGCUGACAUUAAUGACAAUCCGCCAGUAUUUCAGGAAGACUCCUAUGUCUUGACUGUUCGGGAAAACAACAGCCCUGCAGUUUUUAUUGGCAAAGUACAUGCUGAAGACCUAGAUCUGGGUGAGAAUGCCCAAGUCACAUAUUCUCUGUUGCCUCCCAAAAGUGGCGAUCUAUCAGUCUUUGCUUACAUCUCCAUAAACUCAGACAAUGGAAAGCUCUAUGCACUGAGAACCAUGGAUUACGAGGCCAUUCAAGAUUUUCAGUUUGUAGUGAAGGCUAUUGAUGGGGGCUUCCUGUCACUGAGUAGCCAAGUUACUGUCAAAGUGGUUGUCCUAGAUGACAAUGACAACCGCCCAAUGAUACUGUAUCCACUGCAGAAUGGCACCUUGCCAUGCAAUGACCUGGUACCCAGGUCUGCAGAAGCAGGCUACCUGGUGACCAAGGUGGUGGCUGUGGAUGGUGACUCAGGUCAGAAUUCUUGGCUUUCAUACCACCUGCUUAAGGCCACUGACGUUAGUUUAUUCUCUGUCCAACGGCAAAAUGGGGAAAUCCGUACAUUGCGGCAGAUAACUGAGAGAGACCCCAUGAUGCAGAAGUUAAUCAUUCUUGUUCAAGACCAUGGCCAACCCUCGCUUUCCACUACUGCUUCACUUAACAUCUUGCUGGUAGAUGGCUUUUCAGAGCCCUACCUGCAGUUCCGAGAUCCAUCCAAGCAGCCAAGAAAGGUGAAUCCUUCCACCAAGUACUUGGUCAUUUCUCUGGCUGUGCUUUCUUUUAUCUUUCUUUUCUCUGUCACAGUGAUCUUCAUUAUGCACAUCUACCAGAAGAUUAAAUACAAAGAAAAGUUUACAGUUCAAGAGCAUUUCUAUGAUGACUGUCAUUUCCCUAACAACUUGGUACAAGUAAGAGACAAUGGAUCCUUAUCGCAGCCUUGUUCAUAUGAAAUGUGUUCGGCCACUGGCACUGGCAACAGUGAAUUUCGGUUUCUUAAGCGCUUUAUGCCCAACUUCCCUUUCCCACAGGGCCCCGGAGAAGCAAAAGAUGAGGCUGAUGCCAACUUGCCUCCAAAUUCUGAGAGGAGCAACUCUCAGGGAUUAGAAGGCCGUGCCCAGAUACCUGAUGACUACAUGUAGUU